AUGGCCACACUCACGAUCAAUCGCCUCUUCGAAACAAAUCAGAAUCCGAAACUACGAUUGCUCUGCUUUGGGAGAGCCGAAAUCUACGAAGACACACUGAGUAGGGACUCCCUUGAGCCUCAGACUUUCACUGCUCCCAUGUGCUACUAUCCCGGUCGGCAGCGAGACUGCUUUGGGCGGGAAAAGUCUGUCGCGAUUUACCAAGACCCGAAAUUGGUCAAAUAUGAUCUGCCUUUGUGGGAUGCUGUUGUCGACAUCGGACCCCGUCUCGUCGAUAAUGGGCUAGGCUUGGGCGAUUACAAUCUAUCCGUAAUAGCAUAG